AUGGCAAAGACGAUGUUCGAUAUGGUCAGCACAGUUACACUGGACAACCCAGGGGUGUCCUAUCGGGUCUUGUUCGCUACAGAAAGACAAGCGCAAAUUAUUGGGAACAACCCGGACACUCUUGAGAAGUUGGCUGCGCAGUUUCGCACUGAGGAGACUGCUAAGCCAAAGGUAGUAAUAAACUUGCUUACCUCCCUGGGUACCUCACAGCUUCGAGAGAAACGGAAACAACAUCCUGAUGAAGAUGAGCAGCACCGCUUGGACAUGUUCAUGCGGCAUGUUUUACUGCCCAUUGCGGAGCAGACGAACGCUCUCGUCUUAUGUGACGCGGUUGCGGACCGAUGUAUACUUGCAGAUUCCUUUGUUCGGAUGUGUCGGGUCAGACACGCUGCUUGGAACAAGAAGAUGCCCUUUACAGCGGUGGGUGUCACAACGAUGAACGAACUGGAUAAAAGGUCCGGGGAAUGUUGUUUCUGGCGAGAGCUUAUGGAGAAAUGUAAGGGAACUUGGGAGGACGAAUGGUGGAAGUACUACCGGAAUCGACAACGGAACAUCGACAAGAGCAUCCCCACCGGGACUGGUGGAGUUGGGGAUAUCCAGCCUCUCCUGCCGAACUUGAUCAUCGCUGGAGGCUUCGAGAGCAGCAGCAGCAGUCGUGCUGCGGCCUCGACCCUGAAGACGGCUUUGGUCUCACACCUCGGUGCGAGCAUACCAUCUAUAGCUUUCAAGACAGGCAUGUCCGAACUAUCGUACCUGAAACAAACCACUGAAUCUGGUCUGGAGAUUGCAGUGGAUGCCAUCCAGCAACAGACGGCGGUUGUUUUUUUGGACCUGUUUCGCAGAGACAAGCUGCAGCUUGAGAGCAUCUUGGAGUCGAUCCCCGGAACCGACAGUGUGAAGACACCACAGGACUUGCCAGUACGGGCACGGCAUUUCACGAAUGGCGGUGAGGACUGUGAGACUGAGUUUUUGAAGGGAGCUGAAGCCAUGAUGCUCAAGCGCAACACUGCUGUCGAGAACGCCAAGAAAACCAGCUUCUUCGAUGCAUGUGCGAUUGCAAAGCUUCAUUCGAGGUACCGGAGAUUCUUUGGAGAGACCAAAAAGCAGCAGCGGAGGUUUGCACUCUGGCAGGCAAUAUGCUUGGAGGAGCGCAACCGCGAAACACGAGACAUAGAUGGAGUCCGACAAGCUCGUUCCGUGUUGUACAAAGUGUUCCAAGAGCACGCAAAAGAGAUGGGAGUUGUCUUUGCAGCUGGUUGGGAACAUUCCGUGUUCAAAUUGGCUGGUUGGCAAAAUUCCGUCUUCAAACCGGCUGCGGUUUUGGAGGACGAAGACGACGAAGCCCAGGCAGAGUCAGAUGCAGCCGCAAACGAGAAACUCCAGAAGGAGCAUGAGGAGUCGGCGACGUAUGCUUUCGUCGCGCGAUCGACGGAACUGGUGAGCUCCGAGUUUUUCACUUCGAUCAACAUUUGGCGAGGCCAAAGUGCCCUGGAGAGGAGGAUCUACGCAAUCCUAACGAGGAGCAGGCUUCCGCCUCAACACAACCUCGAGGCUCUUCGGCUGUUGCUUGAUGCCUGGACCGAGUAUGACGUGGCUAAACACUUGGCGACAUACUAUGGUCGUUUGAGCCGGCUGUGGUAUUUUAGCCAGAUUGUGUGUGGGCUGGGUACUGUCGUUUUCAGCGUUAUUGCGCAAGCUUUCGUCUUGGAGGAGUUCUACACUUCGUUGAUAAACUUUACCAUAUCCUUGUUCUGCACAACCCUCAUCUCCCUCCAUGCCUUUGCCAAUCCCACAACCCGUUGGCACAAAUUGCGUUGUGCCGCAGCGGAUCUGGAGAGUUUAACAUGGCUUUUCCGGACUAAGUGCAGGCAGUUCGAGUCGAGUGACAUAGACUCCGUGUUCAACUCAGUCAAGCUUUUUCGGGAGCAGCUUAACGAAUGGCGUAGAAACGUCGUUCGCGGAACGGAUUUGCAUCGAUCCGAUUUCCAAAAGAAGUGGCCGCAUGAUAAGUUGACCAGGGGACAACACGAGAAGAGCCGCAUAUACAGUGACAAGCACUGUUUCGUUCAGAAGCCACCAGACGACGAGGACAUGCAUGAGGACGAUGACGUUAUUAACACAUCCACAAAGCAUCCAGCAGACGGGGUCCUCCCUGACCAUUCGCCCCGAAGACGACAAGUCGUUGUUACCGAGGUUUUUUGGCAGCGUUUGUGCUGCUGCCGCAAGUUCAGGCCCUCGCCCCAAGAGGCGGCCAAGCCCUCGCCCCAAGCAGUGGAACGAGCAUACAAGCAAGCACACGGGGAAGAAUGGGACCCCAGAGACGACCAUGAAGAGAAUGACAAGAGCCAAGCAAGUGAUGCGGAGGCACAGUCAAGAAAGGCAGAGGCAUCGCAAGCUUCGUUGGAGGCUUGGCAGGAUGACCACCACAGCCCCGUGAACGCUGACGAGUAUAUCCGGUGGCGUUUGCAGACAAUGCGGCGAUUUUACGAGCAACGUCUUCCAGUGUACGCGAAGUAUCACCGGUAUAUCUUCGCCUUGACGCUGCUUGGGUCUAUGGGCAGCUCCAUCUUUGCCUACAUCAGCCUGAACUCUUGGGUGGUUGUUGCGUCUUCACUGAGCACCUCGGCAUCCUCCUGGAUGGAGUUCUCCAAUGUCUUGCAGAACAUUCAACGUUACUCCGACACCAUACAGGAAUUGAAGAAGCUGGAGGCUUGGUGGGAGAGCCUUGCGCCGAUGGAGAAGGCUUCAAAGGAGAAUCUAAACCUUCUGGUCUGCAUCUUUCAGAAGAUGGAAGCUUUUGUCUUUGAAGCCGCUUUAUGA